GGACUAGAAAAAAGUACUUGCACUGAACUUAUUUCGUAACGAAAUAUCAGGGAGGUGCCAAAAAUUCAUGUUUAUUUGUCGUUCCAUCUCUAAAUAUGUAUAUUAUCAGUCAAUGCCGGUUACUGGCACGCAGACAAUAAAUGAUAGAGUACCUUAUAUAAUCAAAUUUCUAUUUGUUAUUUUGAUAUCGCUUUGCUUUUCGUUAGUCCGUAUGGGCUUUAAGUUUAUAUGGCCUAUACGUAACCUUGACUUGUAAUUACAUUACAGUAGUUCAUGUUUAGAAUAUUAAAGUUAUUUGGUUUUCAUAUUGAAUUAAAAGUAAUUUAAAGGACUGUGGCACGAAGCUGAUCCAAAUAGGAAGCCUGUUUACGCUUUGUUGCCAUGGUGACGACAAAUAAACAAACAUUAUGGUUUCGCUCAAACUGCAAGCGCGUGUGAUAAACAGCUAACAUUAAAGAGAGAUAUCUGUUAAUACUCAAAAGGUGUUUAUUAUUAAUUAUGGAUUUUAAUAUCAUGGAUAAACUACGUAUUCUGAAAAUCGAUACGGAGCUACGACCGCAAAUCAAAAUGAAGCCAAUGAGUCGGUAUUACUUUAUUACAUCGACGAAUCCUGGAGAACAAUUCUUUGUUUUUGCCUCGACAGCCGCGUGGCUUAUAAGAAAAAUUGGUAAGGAAUUCGACCAGCCUCACGAAGAAGACGAUCCGAACACAACCAUAGCAUCCAUUCUUGAAAUUUUACGUGAAAAAGAUAUUUCAGUUGACUUUUCGUCUCACAAGCUUAAACAAGGUUAUGGUGAUCAAGUUUGCUAUAUUUUAAAUGCAUUAGCUGAUGAGGCCAUAAAGGUAGAGAACUUUGAAUGGGAGAAACCUGUUGUUAAUAUCCCUGAUACAGAGGAAUCCGCAGAUGACGUGGAUCAAGUUGAAGAUGAAACCGAAAUUAUUUUAGAUAAAAUAGAAGAAGAAAUGGCUAUUUAUUCAGAAGAAUCGGAAGGCGAGGAUUAUGGUAAUAUAGAAGAAAAAGAACAAAAUAAUGUUACUAAUAAAGUUCACGAUUGGGAGGCCUGGAAAUUGGAAUUAGAAAGAGUUGCUCCAGCAUUAAGGUUAAAAAUAUCAGCUGAUGGUCGGGAUUGGCGAGCUAGACAUGCUCAGAUGAGAUCAUAUCGAGAUGAACUAUUUGACAGAUUUAAAGUAACAGGUACUCAGUUAAACAAACUUCACAGUAGCAUUAGUUCUGUGAUGGACAAAAUAGCAGCAAGGGAAAACAUUUUAAACGAGCAAUUUGAACCAAUAGUGCGAAAAUAUGGAACGCUUUUGGAUGAAUUGAAUAAAGUAACCAAUGAAUACAAGGAAGCCAGUGUUGGCGUGACUGAGAGACAAGAAACACUGAACGAGCUAACGGCUAAAGUGGAAAACAUUAAACAGAGGACAGAGUCGAAGGGAUCAUCGAUGAAUGACAAUUCGCCUUUAUUGACCGCUAAAAAGGGCGUUGAAACACUUAGAAAGGAUAUUCAAGAAUUAGAUUUCCAGAUUAUUAUUUUGCUCUGGCUGCUAAUAUCAAAAGAAAAUCCUAAAAGUAACAGUUACUUAGGAAGCGCUGAAUCUAGAAUGGUCAGUGCUGAGGCUUAUUAG